GUAUUUGGCCUCAUUUUAGAAGGACACUCAAUCUGAAUUCAGAGAACAAGGGAAGUGUUUUUCGCAUGAGGAGCAUGAGAACGGGAGAGAAGUCCAGGGUUCUUUAGACAGCCUGUUUUUCUUCUUCUGAGGGAUUCUCCAGAACACAUGAUGUUACCCUCAGCUUUGGCCCUCUGCCUGUUCCUGGUUGCAGUUUCUUCCAACCUUGCCAUCGCCAUCAAGAAAGAGAAGAGGACUCCUCAGACACUCUCAAGAGGAUGGGGAGAUGACAUUACUUGGGUACAGACUUAUGAAGAAGGUCUCUUCCAUAUUCAAAAAAGCAACAAGCCACUGAUGGUCAUUCAUCACUUGGAGGAUUGUCAAUACUGCCAAGCACUCAAAACAGUGUUUGCCCAAAAUGAAGAAAUACAAGAAAUGGCUCAGAAUAAUUUCAUCAUGCUGAAUCUCAUGCAUGAGACCACAGAUAAAAAUCUAUCACCAGACGGCCAAUAUGUUCCUAGGAUCAUGUUUGUGGAUCCUUCUUUAACAGUCAGAGCUGAUAUAACUGGAAGGUACUCUAAUAGACUGUAUACAUAUGAACCACAGGAUUUACCAAUAUUGAUAGAAAACAUGAAGAAAGCAUUGAAACUUAUUCAAUCAGAGUUAUAAGAGAUUACCUCGAGGAGGUCAAAUGUCAUGAAGACGACCUUCUGGUGAACUUACUAAUACUAAAUGUGCAACUACAUGGCCUCUGUA